AUGACCCAUCAGCUCUGCGUCUGCUGGUGCAAGUGCCCAAACGCCGUGCCGGCGCCGCUGUUCUGCCACGCCUGCCAGUUCGGCCUGCACGGCCGCGACCAAAGAAGCGAGGACUCGCUGCACGACUUAAGAAUCGUCUCGCAGGCCGUCGAGCAGAGCUGUCGGCGCUAUCCGGCGCUGGUGGCUGGGGGAUCUUUGGCUUUUUCGUCGUCGUGCUCGCCCUCGUCGUCGGUAUCGGGGUCGUCAGGGUCAGUGGCUUGUUCUUCUGAGAUGGAUGGGGACGCGGGUGUGGAUUUGGAAGCGGAAAUGCCCCGGGGUAUUAUGUAUGAGGUUAUGGAUGCGGGUAUGGAUGUCGAGUGGGGUCUUUCUGAGUGGGAUAAGGAGGUGGAUGGGGAUGUGGUCAGGGAUGUGGGUAUGGAUGCUGAGAGGGAUGAGCAUAUGGGUAUAAACAAGGAGGCGGACAAGAAGACGGAAGACGGCGUGGUUGCUUGA